UGCUUUCGGCCAUGUUGUUGUGUUGUUUACAUUGGACUAAGUGACAGUUAGCAAGAUGGUUUAUACUUGUUGCGUUGAAGGAUGUUUUACACAACAAGAAGACAAAAUAGGGUUGAGAUCAUUUCCACCUAUUGAUUCUUUGUUAUUUGAGCAGUGGAAAGUUGCUACAAGUAACGAUUCACUGAAAGAUAUGGACAAUCAGUAUAUAAGGAAAGCUAAGAAAGUAUGUAAUCUUCAUUUUUCUGAAAAGUACAGAAAGAGACCGAAGUUCUUAAAGUACGAUUAUCCAAUGUUGACAGAAAAUCUUAUGAAUGAUGCAGUUGUUGACAAAAUGAAUAUUGAUGAUGAUAGUAAUACAAUUAUUGGCAAUUCAGAUCACAUGGGUUGUACAAUAGUACAAGUUGAGACUGAAGAAAUAAGUAUUGAUGCUGAUAGUACCAGAACUAUUAACAACAAUCUUAUUAAUUUGAAUCAACAGUAUUGUAAAACAGAACAAGUUGAGACUGAACAAAUGGGUAUUGUUUCUGAAUUAAAUGAGACUGAACAAAUAGGUAUUGUUUCUGAAUUAAAUUGUGACAUAGAAGAUGUUGGAAAGAAAGUGUCUGUUAUUAAGAAUGGUAAUAUAAAAAAAAAUCAAACCUUAAGCAGAAGACAAAUGCAAAAACGCAUAUCCUAUUUGGAAAAAAUAAAUAAAAUAUAUAAGAUAGAAUGCAAUGAAUAUAGAAAUUUUAAAAAUUUGACACCUAUUGUACAACAAUUUAUGAAAAGUCAAAUCAAUAAUGUUCAGAAGAAGAAAAGAGGAGAGUCAUAUUGCUUUGAAGAUAAAGUUUUUGCCCUCAGCAUAUUUAAACGGAGCAAGAAAUGUUAUAAUUAUUUAAAAAAUGUUUUUACAUUACCAUCUAAAGCAACACUUAUGAAUUUUAGCAAGAGAAUUCAAAUUGAUCCUGGUUUAAAUGAUUAUGUGUUCAAUACACUGAAGCAGCACAUUUGCAAACAGAAUGGCAUUGAAGAUACUUUCUUAAAAAAACCAGAUAUGACUAAACACUUGCACUGAGACUAUCAUCAUCAAUAUUAAUAACUAAACAACUGUAGCAUCUAUGAUUGAGGAGUUCAUGCACAGUACUGGACAGUAGAUUCGAGAUUUGAAACAGGGGAAAACGUGGAACAUCUGAGGAAGGAAUUUGUUCACAACAUUGGAGAUGAAACAGGAGGAAACAUAGGCAUCUAGGAGGAAGGAGUUUGUUCUGAAUGCUGGAGAGGCCUAUAUAUAUAAGAUAAUUUGUUAAUCACUAUUUUUGCAUGUAUUUACUAAAAAUAAUA